UUAACGACAGCCAGUAGUGCCUCGGCUUUGCUCAAGUAUCGACUGUGUUUACUUUAGCAAAUAAAACAACGAAAAACCGCAAUUUUUUUUUGCUUUUAAAAAAAUCGACAUAAAUUAUUUGCCAUACAAAAUUUACAAACAAAUAAUUUUUACAAGUUGGCUUUGUAUUGGUUCUACCGUUAAACUGCUGGAGUGGGUCAAAGUUAAUGUGACCCGAAAAAGAAAGGUUUUGUGUCAAAUUCGAUCGAAAAGCACAACAAAAACACAAAACUCGAUAAAACCAUCGAAAAAUUGUCGUUGAAAUUUGGCAUGUUUUCAAGUGGAAAUGACGCAUCUCUGUGGCAGAUGACGUUGCCGUUUGUUGCCGUCCGCUUGGCGCUCGCCAUUGUGUUUUAAUGCAAUAGAGAUUUGAUUGUUUGUUUGUGCAAUGUAUCGAAUAUUUCAUUGUACAGAGCAUAUUCGAGUCGUUUUGAGUAUGCAAUAAAUUAAAUUGAGCGCAAACGUUCAUGCGCCUAGAAUUAUGCAAGACAUUAUUGCUGGCGUUUAAUGGCAUUGGGUCGUGUAUUAAUUGCCGGUCGACACAGAUUCGUCAUAGCGGGACUCAAUAUUUAAUACGAGCAAACAAAAAAAAAACACAACACACUCGCAUACACGCAACGGUACAUUACUCGCCAUUGUGACUGCCACACAGUCACGCAUCGCGCUACACACGCAUUUAAGCGCACAGCAGCCGUGACGAGGACUUAUAUGUGUGACACGCACACACACGCACACAAAAUACGGUUUACGACAGAUUUACGCGCGACACACACACACACACACACUUACGCGGUACUUAAGGCAAUGCAGCAGCAGUCAUUCGCUGCGACAGCCAGUUAGCCAGCCAGUCAGUUGUGCCAUCAGUCACUGAGCCAUCUAAAGCUUCUUGACUUAUUCGCCGCAAAUAUUUGCACGCACAGCUUGCAAGGCAUUCUGUGUCCUAGUGUGUGUGUGUGUCCUCCUAGUAUACUAUAUACAGGGGGUCUUGAAGUGAGUGGACAUGUUCAAGAAAUGGGUGCGACGUGUCAGUUUCAGCGCCACGCGUGGCUUUUCCGUGGAAACCACAUCGCCAACCUAUGAAAAUGCACCGGAAACACAAACACAAAAAGGUAGCGCCUCAGCCAGCGCCAAGUCUUCGAUUGUCGAUCGUCUGGAUGAUUACCAAACAGCCUUGACAACGGUAUCAGAGAUAUUACCCGCUGGCACGCCGACAAGCGCUACAGCGUCGACUCCGCAACCGUUAAGUGGCGCUAAAACAUUCCAAAAAUACGGCGAUGAUGACGGUUCCAUCGAUUAUGAUGCACUGUAUGAAGAGGAGGAGGACUCCACGAUCAGCAUGGAGGCGCAUGGUUCAAUGAUUUCACAUCUCAUAUCGCAAGUGAAGAUCGGUAUGGACCUGACGAAGGUCGUGCUACCCACUUUCAUCUUGGAACGGCGCUCAUUGCUAGAGAUGUACGCUGAUUACUUUGCACAUCCAGAUCUCUUUCUACGAAUUGCUGAGAUGGAGUCACCACGUGAACGCAUUGUGGAGACAUGUCGCUGGUAUUUGAGUGCCUAUCACGCUGGUCGUAAGAGUGCGGUGGCCAAAAAACCAUACAAUCCCAUAUUGGGCGAGGUGUUUCAAUGCUAUUGGGAUUUACCAGGCGAAACAUCCGAUGAGCAAGUAGUUAAUGAUGGACCUGUGCCCUGGUGUCAUCGCAAUCAGCUGACGUUCUUAGCCGAACAGGUUUCACAUCAUCCGCCAAUUUCCGCCUUCUAUGCUGAGCAUGUUAAUAAGAAAAUUACGUUUUCCGCGCACGUUUGGACCAAAUCGAAAUUUUUGGGCCUUUCAAUUGGCGUACACAAUAUUGGUGAAGGUAUUGUGACGCUGGUGGAUCACAGUGAGGAAUACAUUGUCACGUUUCCGAAUGGCUAUGGCAGAUCUAUUUUAACCGUCCCUUGGAUCGAAUUGGGUGGCACCGUCGAAAUACGUUGCCCGCAAACCGGUUAUCACGCCACAAUUGAGUUCUUAACCAAGCCAUUUUAUGGUGGCAAGCGCAACAAAGUGACGGCUGAGAUUUAUGCGCCCAAUGAGAAGAAACCGUUUGUUUCGAUAGCGGGCGAGUGGAGCGGCCUCAUGGAAGCCAAAUGGCACGAUAAAAAUAAAACUGAAGUAUUCGUAGACGUAAAUCGUAUUCCAAUAUUUAAGAAACAAGUUCGACCAAUCGUUGAACAAGAAGAAUAUGAAUCCAGACGCGUUUGGAAGGAAGUGACCGCUGGACUCAAAUUUAAUGACAUCGAAAAGGCCACAAAUGCUAAAUGUGCCGUGGAACAAAUACAACGUGAUGAAGCGAAGAAUCGCAAAGACACAGAAACACAGUGGGAACACAAGUAUUUCCGGCCCGUUGGCGAUAACUGGAUCUACGCUAAGCCACUUAGCCAGCGCGUUUAUCAGCAAGAGAAGGAGAGCAAAAGAUAAUAAAGAUGUCACGGCAAUCAAACGCAAGGCACCGAGACCGAAACUCCGACGACAAAUUAAGAUAAAUUGGAAGAAGAAGAAGAGCAAGACUAAAAAGAUUACAAGUAAACUAGUAAAAUGGUGUAAAUGUAUGCAAGAGCAGCUGAUCUGUGUGUAAAUGGCGAAUUAUUAAGCUGUAGCAUGCAUACAAGCAUUCAUAUCAAAGAACGUGGCGACUUGAAGAGCUUACGAUGACGAAGACGCCAAAGGUGGAGGAGGAGAGUGUAGCGCACACAGGAAGCUCACAUCGCAGUACACUACUAUAAUUAACGAUACUGUCAUAUGCUACAUUUUAUAGCAUGUUUGCAUGAUGUGGUUACUUACGAACACACACGACGCAAAGGACAACGAAGAAGGAUGUAAAAUGCAAAUAGAAAUAGACAAUGCUGUAAACGAAAUAGACAAUGCUGUGAGGUACAAUAUUCCUGCACCCCCCUGAAGUACUUUUGGACAUUAUUAUAGCCACCUAGGUGCAAUACGUAGAUGCACCGUUAUGUCUGUAUGUGCACGAAUGUGGUGUGGCGAGCGUGUGCGAAAUGCAAAAUGGUUGUAUGACGGUCGAAAGAGUAACGGACGCGCGCCGUUGAUAUAUACAUACAUACAUACAAACAAAGAUAUGUGAACCUGUAGCUGUUAAGCCAAUGUUGCCGAAACAUAUAAAAAAAUCGUAUUAAAUAGGUUAAAUGCAAAUAAAAUUUACAAUUUACUUUAUUGAAAAAAAACAACAACAAACAGAUAACCAACCACAAUUUAAUAGCACUCGUAAGGCAUUUUAAGUGAAAUUGUAAAAAUUAACUAAAAUACACACAAACAACAGCAACAACAAAAAUCUCCAAUGCAAUAAAACAAGCAAACGUACAUAUAAAUACAUACAUACCUACAUUUAGUAAAAGUGUAACGAAGCAAGUGAAAAUUGAAUAAAAAAUAAAAAUUGAAAAAAUAUAUAAAUUAAAUUAACUUAAAUAAAACUUACAAUAAGAACAAUGUGAGCAAGCGCAACUUGUUCGCGUUCAUAUCGCUGCUAGUACAUAUAAUGUAAUGGAAACACAUACAAACAUAACACGAAAAGAUAUGGGUUGCGUUUGAAAAACUAUAAAAUCUAGCAUUAUAGCUUGUAGACUUAAAAAAAAACACACACAUACAUAUACAUAUAUAGCAAUUCUAUUUUUCAUAUGUGAGUCAAAAAGUAUAAUAAAACGUUAGAAAAUAAUUGAAUAAUCAAAAAACAUUUCACUUGAUUCGCACUUUUGCUAAUUUGCUGUAAAUUGCGAGCAAAAAAAAUUAUUUACAAAACAAAAAAUUAUAAUUUAAAAAACAAAUAAAAAAAAUUUAUUUCAAAAAAAUAUAUAAAUAUGCUAUCUAAGUUGUAAUAGGGCGCAUUAAUAUUGUAUAUUUUAUUAAUGUAUUCUAACCUUAAAAUCGUUUAAGAAAAUCAUUUUUUGCUAAGCCUAAAUUCGAAAUAUGCAACACCUGCAAGCGCAUGCGCAUGCAACAACUAAUGUAUACAAUCAAAUUGAAUUUGUAAUAUACGUCACACACCUACAUGCAUACCUACCAAUAAUGGUUCUCAGCUAAACUACCGAAAUUAUGCCUUUCCCCACUUUACGCUUAAAGCUAAACAAACAAUUUUUCAUUUCUAAUAUGCUUAAUACUCCGUAACCGUUUGCUGCCUGCACCACCAAGCAAUUGCCAAGUAAUUGCAAAAAAAA